AUGGGUUCAAUAGUACCACUAAAGAUCGCUGUCCUCAUCAACAGCCCACCCGGCAACGAAUUCUGGAACGAUGUGAAAACGGCAUACUACGAUGCCUUUCACUCCGUCGCAUCGGAUGCCCAGAUCGACUUCUACGACCCCGUAUUGGACGCCAACUUUCCCGAUGCCGGAAAAUACGACUUUAUCGUGCUCAGCGGAGGAAAGGCCGAUUCCUCUUCAUCGGAGCCAUGGGUGCUGGGCGUGCUGGAUUUCGUCCAGAACACGGCGCGGGAGUUUCCCAAGGUCAAGAUGCUGGGUAUCUGCUGGGGCCACCAAGCCAUUCAACGGGCGUUGGGUGGUGUGGUGCAUGCUGUACCGGCUGGUCCAAUUGCCGCUAUUCAGGAUACCAAAUUGACUCCGGAAGGCAAGGACUUCUUCCGCUUUGGUCCAGGAACUCAGUCCUACCGAGCACCCGAAUUCCAUGUUCGCGAAGUAGCCAAACCAGCUCCCAACUUUGUCCACCUUGCAGAAGGCCACGAAUGCUUCGUCAACGAAGCGAACACAAUCCUGACUUUUCAGGCUCACCCGGAAAUAGACAAUGCUCUCGCAAAGAAAAUGUUUGCCGAUGAGGAUGAUGUGUAUACCGGCAAUUCGUCGAAGGAGCAGAUUGCGAAGGAGAUUGAGAAGCUGGAUAAGCCGAUGGAUGGUGGACUGUUGCUGGAACGGAUCGUUGAAUGGGUGAGGAAGUAA